AUGGGAAAGUACUUCUCCAAAAACUUCUGUUGUAAUUGGUCCCAUGUUGUGACAGAAUUAGCAGUGUAUUCAUCUUCUGAAAUUCAAUACGAGGAGCGUCUUAAAUCAUUACUUAAGGAAUUCAGUAGUUAUCCUGAUGCAGUCAAAUAUGUCAUGGAUACUUGGUUGGUUCCUUACAAGGACAAAUUUGUGGCGGCAUGGACAAACACGUGUGAACCCGAAAGGGAGGCAUACAUUACUAGAACAGUGAAACCUAGUGCAUAUGUUGAUGCUUUCCCUUCUGGGUUGAAACCAUACAUUAAGUUUGUCAAGGAUGUAGCUGCAGAUGGGAAUUGUGGUUUCAGGGCUAUAGCUGCUUCAAUUGGUCAUACAGAAGAUGAUUGGGCUCAGGUUAGGCGUGACCUAUUGGGUGAGCUGCACACACACAAAGAGGAAUACAUUACACUUUAUGGGUCCUAUGAAAGGUUUGAAGAAUUGACAAGCAUAUUGUCAUACUUUGAAGACAGUCCUGGAUACUCACAUUGGAUGACUAUGCCAGACAUGGGCCAUCUUGUUGCAUCGUGCUACAAUCUUGUGUUAUACCACUUGUCUUUACAGCAAUGUCUCACCUUUUUACCUCUUAGAACCGUGCCAGUACCUCAACUUGAUAGACGUGAGAUUGCCAUUGGGUUUGUCAACGGAAAUCAUUUCGUGCAGGUUUUGUUGCAGCCAGGCCAUCCAGUUCCUCCUAUUGCCACUAAUUGGAGAAAAUACCGUCACCCUUGCGCUGUGGACUGGGAUGAUGCAUAUGUGCGUCGCAUUCAACAUUUCAAGGACAUUAUUCAUGAUAAUGUAGCUACUCGAGAGACUUUUGAUGUUGUUGAUGUCGCAUGACACAUGUAUGCAUUUGACAAUGUUACAAUUAUGGAAGAA